GCAUAUAGACAAUUCUCUAUUUCCCCUUACUUAUCCUCUUUCCAGAAUGCGAAAGGCCAGAUCUGUCUCUGAAGUCGUGACGUGACAUCUCUCUCCCUUCGAUCACCGCAACACAACUUCCACCGCCGACCCCUCUCAUCGAUACGAAACUACAUACACUACACCGAACGACCUACAGUCUUCAGUCGGCGCGAGUCUCACAUACAAAAUGGAAAGAUUACCUAUACGCGAAAAUGCAGGUAGUCCGCGACAACAGGGUCAAGCAGGUUCCCGCCCAGUUCCUCAAGGACCUCCGCAAUUGCCCCCGCAGAUGUUCACGACUGCUGCACAAUUACUUGAUUUAACCGAUAAAAAACUUGUUCUCGUCCUUCGCGACGGUCGGAAAUUGAUCGGUGUCUUACGAAGUUGGGAUCAAUUCGCAAAUCUAGUCUUGCAGGAUACCGUUGAGAGGAUAUACGCUGGCAACCUUUAUGCCGAGGAGCAUGUUGGUUUGUAUCUGGUCCGGGGUGAAAAUGUGUUGUUAUUAGGCGAGAUUGACCUCGACAAGGAAGACGACCUCCCCGAAUCAUUAAAUCAAGCCUCCGUGAAAGAAGUUCGAGAAUUAAAAGCCAAAGAAGAGGAAGAGCGCAAAAGAAAAGAUAAAAAGAGCGUUGGGAAAUUACAGAACCAUGGAUUUGAGCCGGAACAUAGUGGAGAGGUACUUUUCUGA